GGAAACCGACACUUUCAAACUAGACUGGCGUUGCAACACUUAUUUUUUUUACGGAUUUUGGCAUUCUGUCCGAAAUCACGCUGGUUUAAAGUUUAUGCUUUUGAACUAAAACUAAAGAUCUUUUAAAAUACCUUCUGAAACACAAAAUACACUUGUCUUCUCCAAGAGAGCCUGCUUUAAGAUUGAGAAAGAAAAUGUGCUUAAAGCCUCUCUAGUAUUGUUCUUUGUUUUUUGAGAAGAGGAAAGUCCUGUUUCAGUUUUCCUCAAAGCAAAACAAAGGAGUUACUCUCUCAUGGCUAAUACCACAACAACUCAAGCCUCAUACAUCACAGUGGAUCCACAGGCUGAUGAAUGCCGUGAAAAUUUUCCACCGAGGGAUCUUAAAGCUGUUGACUCAUCAAAGCUGGAAAACGCUGAGAAUUUUACCUUCCAGUUGGAGGAAGAUGGUGCGAAUGCUUUUGUCUCUUCCACUCCUGCUUUGAAGAAUAAAACCAGUGAUUUCCAGGUAAAGUCUUUGGUACCAGGUGUUCAGUCUGCUCUAACCCCAGUCUUAAAUCACCUAAAUAUCUGGAAUAAAAGUGCAUCUCCAGAGCCUUUUAAACUUCGAAACAGUCCUAAUCCUGCUGUUCCUUCAAGUUUUCAUGCUGCAAACUGUCAAAAAUCAACCAGAGACUCAAGGACACAAAAGAAUGGCGGGGAUUUUUCUAUGAUCAAUGAUGAAUGCUUGCCAGAAGUUACUCUGGCCGAUCUUACCUCAGAUUCCGUUAUGCACCUAACAAUGAAUGAUUCAGUCUUCCCUGAAAGACAACCUGCAUCUCCUCAGCUUUAUAGCAAAAAGACAAACACUUCAGAUCAUAAAAAUAGCUUUUGUGCAAAGGUGGAUGAAUCUUUUCAUAGGGAUCUUUCAUUCCGAGGGAUUUUUAAUGACUAUUUACAAGACAUUAGUCUCCUUGAAGUUACUCGGGUCUCUCCAGUCGGACACAUGUCCUUCAUGGACAUGGAAGAUGGCAGAGCUACGUCUGAUCAUAGUGAUCAAAUUAUGGAAGAGAAAUCAGACACAAUCACAACUGAGGAACUCUCCUGCACGAGUGGAAACUCUGCCCAUAGUUUAAAGCAAAACUCAAUUAAGGCAGCCUUGGAGGUAACUCAGGAUGUUACUUUGGAAAACAGCAAGUCUUCAUCUGAGUCCGGUGGACAAAAGGUGGAGAAAUCUCAAAAUCCAGGCGAUGGCACUCAAGUUAUUAAUAUUACUCGUGAUCUCUGCUCCUCUUGUGAUGCCUCUAACAGUGUUGACAUCUCUUCCUCUGGCAUACAAAAAUCAACCCAUGAGGUUUGCCUUGAACCCAGAGGAAACCCUGAUUGCAUAGAGGCUGAGAUAGUCACAAAGGAGAGCCCAGAAUCAGAGACCGGUGAACAAAAACUAGAGAUAUAUCAGAGUUCAGACACACUCUGUAUUCAAGCUAUUAAUAUUACUCAAGAAAAACCCCCCGGCUGUGACACAUCUGUACAGACUGCACACUUGUCUUCUGACAUGGACAAAUUCCUCCCGGAGUUGGAAUCUGAACCCAAAGAAAAACUUGAAGAGCUGUCAACCUGCUGUGACACCGAGUCAACCAACAAGGAGUCACAACAAACCCUGAAACCAGAUGUGUCUGCAAACGGUACAUUUGCAGUUGAGCGGCCCUCUAUGCAAACCAUUUCCAUCGUCAAUAACAAGACUCUAGAUUUUCCACCAACCAACAUAAGCAAGGCAAAAGAUGUCGAGGAAAGCGGAGAUCAGCAAACUUCUGUCGACUCUAAAACUGGAGCUUCCUUUGUUGUACAUCAGAGCAGCUCAGAUGAAAAGGAAACCACAUUCGCCGUAGGGCAGAAUGCCACUGUUCACGGAGAUCCUCUUCAAAAAUCUAAACUCCAGAUUGGUUCCGCCGUAGAGAAAACUCCUGCUCCAUUUGGUCAGCAGAACGGCACAUUUGAUUAUAAGCUUCCCUCACAACUAAACGGCACAAUAACUUUGGCAGAAAUUAGCUCGAAUGACAAUCAUCAAAGUAGCCUGGGCGGCUCCUCCACUUCCAAAGCAGGGAAUUUAAAAAUUCCCCUUAAAGAUGGCUGUUCUGAAAACAACUCAUCAAAAGUCCAAACAAAUGAAGCUGUAGAACCAGAAACCAAGAAGGAUGGAAGCCCAAAUAUGACAUUUGAAGCCUCAGAACCAGAAACCAAGAAGGAUGGAAGCCCAAACAUGACAUUUGAAGCCUCAGAACCAGAAACCAAGAAGGAUGGAAGGCCAAACAUGACAUUUGAAGCUGCAGAACUAGAAACCAAGAAGGAUGGAAGCCCAAACAUGACAUUUGAAGCUGCAGAACUAGAAACCAAGAAGGAUGGAAGCCCAAACAUGACAUUUGAAGCUGCAGAACCAGAAACCAAGAAGGAUGGAAGCCCAAACAUAACAUUUGAAGCCCCUCUACCGCCAGCCAAUGCAUCCAUAUAUCUUUCACAAUCAGCUCUUUCCGAUUUUGAUGAGAGUUUGUAUCCUCAGUGCUUGGCGUCUUCUACACCAAUGGUGAGCAUUAAAAUGUUCGGCUUUGAGAAAAAGAGAGAGCCAGGCCAGAUCCUAGCAGCGCAGAAAAAACUUUAUGGGAAAACACCUACUGAAUCGUCAAACACCAUCAAACCGUCAAACAUCAUUGGUGAUCGUAAAACAUUCUUCAAGAAACCCACAGCUAAAAACCCUUCCUCCAAAAUUUCCUCUGAGUUGUUGAGACGUAAUCCACCAGCGGCGGCAACAGGCCUGCUGGUAAAACGACAGAGACCAGACGGCGAGGCUGCGAAAAGUUCUGCUGCUCCAAAGGACCAGGAGAAAAACUCAAGUUUGUACAACCUGCGAUCUUUAGCCUCCAAGCUGCCGCCGUCCUCUGGCUUGCAGAGACCUCAGGUGAGCGGCAUUCCCGUCGGCUUACAGAGGGCGACCCUGAGUCUGCGAGCAGCUUCCUGCCCAAGCACAGAAAAACCAAGUGGACCUGCAGGUUUGUUCACACCUGGUCAGGCUGCACGCUCCGCUUUGCUUAAAACCCAAACAAAAAUACGCAGCACUCUGAUGGCAGCCGCUAACUCCCUCACUAAGAUGGCACCAGGAAAGAGGCAUCCUUUGGCUAAAGGAGACGUUUUUCCUGUGUCAAAGAGGAAGAAAACGGAUACCAACACAACUGAAGCUCCUGUAGCCGUCGGCGACGCCACGAGCGGGGUAAAGAUGGGAAAACAGCCCACAGCCGGCCACAGAUCUGCUGCCCCUGAUAAAUCCUCCAGAACUGAUGCUGCAUCUGCAAAAACUGCAGCAUCACAUGAUGUCACCAGUAGGGGGAGGGGCUUAAAGCCGCCGGCAGCCAAUCCCAGAGCUAACCAUGUUAAACCACAAAGCCAGGGUUGUACCAAAUGUGAACAUCUGUCGCAAGAAAUAGAAAGGUUAAAAGAAGUGCUUCGCAAGCAUAAAAUACCACUGAACGGCUGAAGAUUUCCAUAAUUUUAAAAAAAUAACGAAAGUUUUUCAACUUCUUGUUGCUUUUGAUUAAAUGUGAAUUUAUAAAAUAAACAAGAAUAAAUUUCUAUGAUUAA